CUCACUGAAAUCAUGCACGAUCGAAUUGCGGGGCGAUCCAACAGUCAACGUCAUCCAACCUCAACGGCCAAAUCCUGCACAUAGUACAGCUUGCUCUCGCUGUCAGUCCGUAGGGCCAGUCAUCCUCGUCAUGGGUUCAUUAGAGCCAUUUGAUAUUCAGUCCAUCAGUAAGGCCAAGCCCAUCGAGCCUCAGGACCUCUAUGACAGUCUACGCGGCGGAACGCUGCCAACCAUGCUAUUAUACAAUGAACGCGGCUUACAGCUCUUCGAGAAAAUCACGUACAACGAGCACUACUACCUCACCAAUUCAGAAAUCGACAUUUUGAAGCGACAGAGUCAUGUCAUUGCAGAACAAAUCAAGGGGAGCAUCAUCAUUGAAUUGGGCUCCGGUGCAUUACGAAAGACUUCCUUGAUUCUGAAAGCGGUGGAGGAGCUCGGCGUUUCGACAGACUACUAUGCCUUGGAUCUGGACAGGCGUGAGCUGGAAAGAAGCCUGACCUCUCUCGUGCAAUUGCAGCAAUUCAAGCACGUCAAGCUUCAUGGACUGCAUGCAGACUACAACGAUAUCCAUGCCUUCCUCAAAAAGCAUGAUCAACGUGUCACGAUCCUUUGGAUGGGCUCAUCUGUUGGCAACUUCUCUCGAGAUGGUGCCUCUACAUUUCUUCUGUCCCUCAAGGAAUCUAUGAAGCCGAAUGAUAUGAUGCUUGUUGGUGUCGACAAUAGAAAUGCGCCUGACCUCGUCUAUACUGCCUACAACGACCCUGAGGGUGACUCGGAACGAUUUGAGAUGAAUGGCUUGGAACAUGCCAAUCAAAUUUUGGGUCGAGAAGUGCUCAGACAGUCAGAUUGGCAAUACAAAGGCUUGUACAACCAGGAAGAGGGAUACCACGAGGCUGCAUUCCAGGCUUUGAAUGAUGUUCACAUUGCAGACGACCUCAAAAUCGAAAAGGACACGCUCAUUCGCAUCGAGCGUAGUUACAAGUACAGCAACCUGGAAGCCUUGGCCCUUUUUGAUCGAUCAGAGCUCAAUGUCGCUGCACAGUGGAAAGACAGUAGGGACCUGUACUCCUUGUACCUUCUCACGACGCCCCCCGCAUACCUCUCGAGACAAGCAGACACAUUGAAGCCGGUACCAAGCCUUGCUGAGUGGGAGCAACUCUGGAAGCUUUGGGACACCAUUACGCUCGGUAUGAUACCCCAAGAGAUGCUUCUUUGCAAGCCAAUUGAUUUGCGGCACCCAUGCAUCUUCUAUCUCGGACACAUCCCUACAUUUCUCGACAUUCACUUGACACGCGUCGGGAAUGGCAAGUAUACGAAUGAUGCGUAUACGCGCAUCUUUGAGCGUGGCAUCGACCCAGAUGUCGACGAUCCAACACAUUGUCAUGCACAUUCAGACGUGCCUGACACCUGGCCCGACUUGCAAGAAAUUCUGGCGUUCCGGGAUACGGUGCGCAAUCGUCUGCGAGAAGUCUAUAGGCAGGACACAGCCUCGUUCAACAGACAAUUGGCAAGAGCUCUUUUUGUCACUUUUGAGCACGAAGCGAUGCAUGCAGAAACAUUGCUCUAUAUGCUGCUGCAGUCGGCAGAGACACGACCACCACCAGGCGUCCUUUCUUCCCUUCCAACAGCCGCCGCCCCUGAACUGGAACCAGCAGCUUGGAUCACCCUAGAAACUUCAAACUUUGAGGUUGGUAUGGACGACCCAGAGGAGGCAGAGUCAGGUCAGUAUUUUGGUUGGGACAAUGAGAAGCCUCGCCGCUCCAUUUCCCACGCAAAAGUGGCGAUACAAGCACGACCUAUCAGCAACGGCGAGUAUGCAGCGUUUCUUGACGCGCAUCCCAAGCUGGCGGCGCCGGCAUCCUGGACACAGUCUCGCGAGGUCAAGACAGUCUUUGGGCCAGUGCCGUUGACAUACGCUGCUGAUUGGCCUGUGGCUGCUUCUUACGAUGAGUUGCAGGCAUAUGCAAAGUGGAAAGAUGCCCGACUUCCUAGCUUUGCAGAGCUGCGACACUUUCUGGAUGAUCACUCUGGGGAGUCUUCAAAUGAGCCGUUCAACAAUGUGCUUGACAAGAAUGUCAAUUUUGGAAUGUGGCAUCCGAGCUCGCUUACCAGCUCAAGGGAAUCUGUGCAGACAUAUACGGGCUUCUGGGAGUGGACAUCAACAGAGUUCAGUGCACCGAAAGGCUUCGUGCCUAGCAAGGUCUAUCCAGCCUAUUCGUCAGACUUCUUCGACGGCAAGCACAACAUUGUGCUCGGUGGCUCUUGGGCAACCAUCACUCGCAUUGCAGCUAGAAAGUCCUUUGUGAACUGGUACCAGCGCAAUUACAAAUUCGCUUGGACAAGUGGUCGUUUGGCACGGGAUUUAUAGAAGGGGAAUUGUAGACGAUAUUUAGCCAUCUGAAUGUUUAGCUCAUGACGUCGAGUGACUUUGCUGGUAGAUCUUCGAGAGCGACCAUCUGCUUGUAAUGUAUUGAUAUUUGAAAUGCAGGCUGAACUAGAGGUGCAUUCAUAACGAGGCUUUCUAUUUGCUGACUCAAGUCUUUGUAUGCGCCAUUGCUAGAUCCAGCGUUGAUUGCUGCUAUCGCGGGCGAUGUUGAUAAUAUAGAAGAAGCCAAGGGA